GGUGAGUCAAAUUUGAUCUAAUUGAGCUCCAAAACAGGUUUUUUUUACCUACGUGUUGAUAACCGCAUGGUUGAAAUGGAUAUAGCAGGUUUGCCUUCUUGCAGCGUGCAUAGUGUUAUCAGUUUUCGCCUUAACUUGAUGGAAUAAUAGCAUUGGAUCACAUUAGUUGUCUGUGUUGGUUUGCAUUCAGCAGUUUUAUUCAGUUGUUCAUUGUGGAAAGUUAGGGAUAUGGAACAUAUUGUGCGCGAAGUAAAGCAGCUGUUUCUGGACGAAAAUGUUUUCAGAAGAUACAUCAAAGGUGGUAUAGCCGUUCUAGGCCUUUGGUUGGUAUUCGGCUUUGCAGCCCAGCUAGUAUGCAACUCGGUAGGUUUUCUCUACCCAGCGUAUCUUUCUAUCCAUGCCAUUGAAAGCCACAAAAAAGACGAUGACACGAAGUGGUUAACGUAUUGGGUGAUCUUCGCUCUCUUCUCCGUUGUCGAGUACUUUGCCGACUUCAUUGUGGGCUGGUUCCCUCUGUACUGGCUGAUCAAGUGCGUUUUCUUGGUAUGGCUGAUGAUUCCCACCGAAUUCAAUGGAUCUUUAGUGCUUUACGGCAGGAUUGUGAGACCUUAUUUCUUGAAGCAUCACAAUGUCAUCGAUGAAACUAUGAACAAGGUUAAAGAACAGGUUAACAAGGUUACCGAGAAAUCCGAUUAGGAGCCCCCUUGUUCUACCGUCGCGCCUUUUGCAAUAUAUAGUGGUAAUAUGGAGUGUUUUUUUUUGUUUUGUUUUGUCUCGUCUGGUGUCUAAAGUCUACUAUACUAUUUUUAUACUUCUAUAAAUGUUUUAAAUCUUAAUAAAUGAUUGCGCGUUGAAGAGAGGUAAAGUUAAUGGUUACUUUUAGAGCACGAGAAAUGCAAUUCAUUUUAGGUAUUUUAUAGAUUGUAAAUGCAUUAGGACGCACGAGCGUUUAAAAGUAUUUUUUAAAAACACUUUACUUGCGUGAUUGUUUCGCUUUAAAUUGAUAAAUGAUCGGUGAAAGCUUGACUUGAAAACUCUAUUGUGGAUAUUUUUAAUACGCUCAUGCUUGAUAUUUAUUAGGCUUUAAUUUUACUACAUACUCUUUACCCCACUAAGGCUUGUAUGUGUGAGACAAACUUGAAAUCGAACCGCUUUUUUAUAUAAGUAAGCCGCGCUUGUUGCGAGAGUAUAUAAGUUUUUAUGUUUAUUAAAGUGGCUUUUACGAAAACUGAGAAAAUAAUAAAGAUAUUUAAAGUGGUAUAGCACAGGAAAACAUCCUUUCUAUUUGAUUAGGCAUUUAUUCAAUCCCUCAACUUUUUUGCCAACUAACUGUUAGAUUUGCUGUUUAUAAUCCGGUCAUCGAUUAGGCAGCUUUCGUGCAUUUGUCCUAUAGGAUUCACGAAUUGUUUUUAGACUAAAAGUAUAUACAUUUUGCCAAGGCACGCACAAAUAAAACGUUUCCAAAAA